GCUGCUGCUGCACACACACGCACGUACAGUUAAGGCCACUCCCACUAACAUGUGAAAUUUGGAACCACACCUACAGGACAGAAGAAAGAUUUCACAACCGGAUCUUUCAGGACACUUGCAGCUCUCAGGAGCCACCGCCUCUGCUGAAAUAAGGUCUGCUGGGUAAUGGCUGCUCUCAGGGGUUUUUUCACUCUUGCCAUCUGCUUGCUGCUGGGGCAUCAGACAUUCGCUCAAAACAGCGCUCCCUGCCAGCGGUCCAAAUGGAACAACGGCUACAGCAACUUCGUCAAACGGCACAUUCGCCCUGGAUUGCCCACUUCUCUGGACAACAACGAAUGGGAGAAGUACAUCAAGGAUUACGGCGGCUGUAGCAGGCCCACACAGUCUUUCCUUCACCCAUCAGAACUGGAAAGGGUGAAGGCUGUGUGCACCAAGACGGGGGGUAGGAUGUACCAUGAGAACCUGUGCAUCAGCGAGCAGCCUUUUCGCUUUGUCACAGUGAGGAGUGAACCGGGGACCUGUGGGAUCAAGAGCGUGGUUCCGGAAAAUAAACAUCUGAUCCUGGCCUGUGAAGUGCUGGAAAAUCAGUGCCUGCCCGUGCAUUUUGAGGGAAACCCUAAAAAUCUAAAGCCUGACAACAACGCCAAAGACUGCCAGGACCCACAGACCAGAGGCCAUGCGUCCAGCUUCACAAUGUCGUGGUUCCAGUUGUUGUUUGUUCUUCUCAUAAUGAUUCAUGUCUUUUAACUUUCUUUUAAAUUUGAGCAACACGAUAUAACAAUUAAGUUUUAAUCAAUAGUCAUUUUCCUUCUGGAAAACAUUUCAGCAGAACCAUUUAAAGUAUUGAAAUUAGAUUUGAAAAGGUUUUGUUUUAAACUCUCACAUCACCAAUAUAUAAACCACUUUUUUUCCCCAGACUUUUAAUUUGUAAAAAUUUAUUUUUAUAACUUUUAUGAUCAUACGAUUAUUUGCAUGUGCGCCUGUGUAUCUGUGAGUUUGCUUUUGAUAUUUGUGCAACGCACAGGAGGGUUGAUGCUUGAUCCAUUGGCAUUUCAUUUAAAGAUCGUACAGAUGUGACCUUUUACCGUGUUGUGCGUAUUGUACAUGAAGAGAUGUAAGGGAAUUUUAUGACAAACCAAUACACUCGUAUAUUCAGGAAGUUUUUUUCCUUUCGUCUAAAGGGAAUAAAUUGUAUUGAUAUGCUCAAGGGAUUGUAUUUAAUAAAUGUACGGUAUGAAAUAAUAAACUGAAUUCAGACAAGUGUA